UCGGCUCUCCCGGGGAGCGGCCCGGGACUGCACCGGGACCAGCGCCUCCCCGCUCCGCGCUGCCCUCGGCCUCGCCCCGGGCCCGGGCGGAUGAGCCGCGCGCCCGGGGGACAUGGAAGCGCUGACGCUGUGGCUUCUCCCCUGGAUAUGCCAGUGCGUGUCGGUGCGGGCCGACUCCAUCAUCCACAUCGGUGCCAUCUUUGAGGAGAACGCAGCCAAGGACGACAGGGUGUUCCAACUGGCCGUAUCUGACCUGAGCCUCAACGAUGACAUCCUGCAGAGCGAGAAGAUCACCUACUCCAUCAAGGUCAUCGAGGCCAACAACCCGUUCCAGGCCGUGCAGGAAGCCUGUGACCUCAUGACCCAGGGGAUUUUGGCCUUGGUCACGUCCACCGGCUGUGCGUCCGCCAACGCCCUGCAGUCCCUCACGGACGCCAUGCACAUCCCCCACCUCUUCGUCCAGCGCAACCCGGGGGGGUCGCCUCGCACCGCCUGCCACCUGAACCCCAGCCCCGACGGCGAGGCCUACACGCUGGCCUCCAGACCGCCCGUCCGCCUCAACGACGUCAUGCUCAGGCUGGUGACCGAGCUCCGCUGGCAGAAGUUCGUCAUGUUCUACGACAGCGAGUACGAUAUCCGUGGGCUCCAGAGCUUCCUGGACCAGGCCUCGCGGCUGGGCCUCGACGUCUCUUUGCAGAAGGUGGACAAGAACAUCAGCCACGUGUUCACCAGCCUCUUCACCACCAUGAAGACGGAGGAGCUGAACCGCUACAGAGACACGCUGCGCCGCGCCAUCCUGCUGCUCAGCCCGCAGGGAGCUCACUCCUUCAUCAACGAGGCUGUGGAGACCAACCUGGCUUCCAAGGACAGCCACUGGGUCUUUGUGAACGAGGAAAUCAGCGACCCGGAGAUCCUGGACCUGGUCCACAGUGCCCUUGGCAGGAUGACCGUGGUCCGGCAAAUCUUCCCGUCUGCAAAGGACAAUCAGAAAUGCAUGAGGAACAACCACCGCAUCUCCUCCCUGCUCUGCGACCCCCAGGAAGGCUACCUCCAGAUGCUGCAGAUCUCCAACCUCUACCUGUAUGACAGCGUUCUGAUGCUGGCCAACGCCUUCCACAGGAAGUUGGAGGACCGGAAGUGGCACAGCAUGGCGAGCCUGAACUGCAUACGGAAGUCCACCAAGCCGUGGAAUGGAGGGCGGUCCAUGCUGGACACCAUCAAAAAGGGCCACAUCACCGGCCUCACUGGCGUGAUGGAGUUUCGGGAGGACAGCUCGAAUCCCUACGUCCAGUUUGAAAUCCUUGGCACGACCUAUAGCGAGACUUUUGGCAAAGACAUGCGCAAGCUGGCUACGUGGGACUCGGAGAAGGGCCUGAACGGCAGCCUGCAAGAGAGGCCCAUGGGCAGCCGCCUCCAAGGACUGACUCUCAAAGUGGUGACUGUCUUGGAAGAGCCUUUCGUGAUGGUGGCUGAGAACAUUCUUGGACAGCCCAAGCGCUACAAAGGGUUCUCCAUAGAUGUCCUGGAUGCACUGGCCAAGGCUCUGGGCUUCAAAUAUGAGAUUUACCAGGCCCCCGACGGCAGGUAUGGUCACCAGCUGCAUAACACCUCCUGGAACGGGAUGAUCGGGGAGCUCAUCAGUAAGAGAGCGGACUUGGCCAUCUCUGCCAUCACCAUCACGCCGGAGCGGGAGAGCGUCGUGGACUUCAGCAAGCGGUACAUGGACUAUUCCGUGGGGAUUCUAAUCAGGAAGCCUGAGGAGAAAAUCAGCAUCUUCUCCCUUUUUGCCCCGUUUGAUUUCGCCGUGUGGGCCUGCAUCGCCGCGGCCAUCCCUGUGGUGGGCGUGCUGAUAUUCGUGCUGAACAGGAUACAGGCCGUGAGGGCUCAGAGUGCUGCCCAGCCCCGGCCGUCCGCGUCCGCCACCCUGCACAGCGCCAUCUGGAUCGUCUACGGAGCCUUCGUCCAGCAAGGUGGCGAAUCGUCCGUGAACUCCGUGGCCAUGCGCAUCGUGAUGGGCAGCUGGUGGCUCUUCACCCUCAUCGUGUGCUCCUCCUACACCGCCAAUCUCGCUGCCUUCCUCACAGUGUCCAGGAUGGACAACCCCAUAAGGACGUUCCAGGACCUGUCCAAACAAGUGGAGAUGUCUUACGGCACGGUCCGGGAUUCGGCUGUCUAUGAGUACUUCCGAGCCAAGGGCACCAACCCCCUGGAGCAGGACAGCACGUUCGCUGAGCUCUGGAGAACCAUCAGCAAGAACGGAGGGGCUGACAACUGCGUGUCCAGUCCUUCGGAGGGCAUCAGGAAGGCAAAGAAGGGGAACUACGCCUUUCUGUGGGACGUGGCUGUGGUGGAGUACGCAGCCUUAACGGACGACGACUGCUCGGUGACUGUCAUCAGCAACAGCGUCAGCAGCAAGGGCUACGGCAUCGCCCUGCAGCACGGCAGCCCCUACAGGGACUUCUUCUCUCAGAGGAUCCUGGAGCUGCAGGACACAGGGGACCUGGAUGUGCUCAAGCAGAAGUGGUGGCCGCACACCGGCCGCUGUGACCUCACCAGCCACGCCAGCGCCCAGGCCGACGGCAAGUCCCUCAAGCUGCACAGCUUCGCCGGGGUCUUCUGCAUCCUGGCCAUCGGCCUCCUCCUGGCCUGCCUGGUGGCUGCCCUGGAGUUGUGGUGGAACAGCAACCGGUGCCACCAGGAGACCCCCAAAGAGAGCAGAUACAGCAUGGGCAGCGCCAGAGAGCCCUUCCCCACCCUGCCCCGCCCAUGUGCCUCCACCCUGACCUGGAGAGACCACCUGUAGGCUGGAUCAAUGGCUUUCAGUUCUGGCCGCACAUCAGAGGUGAUUAAUUCUGCAGCCGUUUAGAAGUACAUAUGCUUGGGCCCCAUUCCCCAAUGGGUCAAAUUAGGAAGAGCUGGGCUAUAUCAUUUCUAAAAUCUCCACUUGUGCUUCUGGUGUCCUCCCAAGGAGGAAAACCACCGAUGUUCACCAGUCUUUCAAGGUGAGAAGCUACUGGGAGUAACGGAGUGGUGGUGUGGGGAGGAUGGAUCCCUUGACACAUGGGUGUAGUGGGAAAGAGCCCCGUUUUGGAGCCUGGGUGAUGAGAGCUCUGGUCCUGAUGCUCCACUUACUGUGGCAUCGUGUGACCCCGAGCAAGUCCCUCUAGCCCUAGCCUCAGCUCACUCUGUACACCUGCUGCUCCCACCUCUGAGGUGAGGUGGUGCUGGUCGCCCGGCCCGCACAGUCUGUGAUUGAGCGAGCAGAACUCUUUCUCCUGCUGCUUUGGGAAACCGUCCACCCUCUCCCAAGAUCUCUGCACUGACACGGCUCCUUUGCUCUCGCCCGGCCCUUGUGCUCAGACCCCAGGCCCAGCUCCUUGGGGUCAGGCAAGUAUUUGGAGCGUCACUUAAGAAGAUCAUGUUGGUGGCAUCUCUCCCAGCCGCUGGGUCUCAUUUACCACCUGGUUGAUCUCAGUGGUAACAGGAGAAUGCUGCCCGCAGCCCUCCCCGUCAGAUGGGAAGUCUCUCAGCUCUAGUUUUGUUCCUGCCCGACUUAAAGUAGGAGCCGCUGGACUCCAAACAAAGCCAGUUCUAAUGAGUCCCACGUGCCACAGGCUGUUACAGAGAUGAUAGUUUAGUUAAUUACCGUUUUCCAAUACACUGUAUUAUUUCCACGUUGGUGAACAGAGGCUUAAUUACAGAAUUUAUCUCUCCGCGAGACAGUGCCUGGGAGAGGCU